AUGAGGAAUUAGCAAUUCAAAGAAAGAAUAAAAAAAGAAAAUUGGACAAACCUGAUGAUAAACAACAGAUAACGUUUGGUGAAAUAGAAGCCGACAAUUUGUUUUAUAGUUUGUUCGCUAAAUAA